AAAAUGUUUGUUUAUAUUUUCUGUGUUAAUUUUUAAAUAAUUAUAAAAAUGCUUAGUAACAGGUUUAUAGCGAAGAAUUUCGUGCGAUAUUGCUCGUACAAGCCAAUCAAGAGAGUUAAUUUAAGUUCUUUACCAAAGAAAGCAUAUGUCGAGAAGAAAUUAAAGGAAUUCAAUUUAGAAAAAGUGUUGCGAUCAAAAAUUGAAGUUACAGGCCCGCUGACAGUCGCAUCAUAUAUGAAAGAAAUAUUGACAAAUCCAUCAAGUGGAUAUUACAUGUCACGCGAUGUUUUUGGACUUCAUGGGGAUUUUAUUACAUCUCCAGAAAUAUCACAGAUCUUUGGGGAAUUAGUAGCUGCUUGGUGUUUAAUAGAAUAUCAAAAGAUUGGAUCCCCAAAGCCUUUACAAAUAAUUGAGUUGGGGCCUGGACGAGGUACUUUAAUUCAAGACAUAUUAAGAGUUUGUUCAAGACUGAAGAUUAUUCCUCCUGAAAACAUUUCGAUUCAUCUGGUCGAACUAAGUCCAUAUUUAAGCAAAAUGCAGGCACAAUCAUUAUGUUACACAUCAACUGAAUUUGAUAAACAGGAAGACAUGUCUUUCUAUAGAAUUGGCGAGACGCUUUCUGGAAGUAAAGUUUAUUGGCAUCAUAGAAUUGAGAAUGUUCCUAAAGAAUUUUCAAUAAUAUUAGCUCAUGAGUUUUUCGAUGCUCUUCCUGUCCAUAAGCUUCAAAAAGAAGGAAAUAUUUGGAAAGAAAUUUUAGUUGAUAUCGAUCCUGCUGAUCCGAAUAAAUUUCGAUUUAUUUCGUCAAGAAAUGAGACUCCUAUCUCAAAAUUAUACUCAAUAAUGUGUCCUGAUGAGAAAAGAAGUCACGUUGAAGUAUCACCAGAUACUGAUUUUAUUUUAAAGCAUAUUGCAGAGAGAAUAGAGGAGUUUGGAGGCUUUGGUUUGAUUAUGGAUUACGGUUAUUUUGGAGAUAAAGGAGAUACUUUUCGAGCUUUUAAACAGCACAAACUCCAUGAUCCUUUAGUUGAUCCUGGCACUGCAGAUUUAACAGCUGACGUUGACUUUUUAAAUAUGAAAAAUAUUUUGGAAGCAAAUAAUAGAUUAAUAACAUUUGGACCGAUCGAACAAGGAGAAUUUUUGAAUCGUAUGGGAGCCAAAGAGAGAUUAGAAGUCUUGCUGAAAAAUUGUGACGAAGGUCAAAAAGAAGCUUUAAAAUCUGGCUACGACAUGAUUGCUAAUCCUGAAAAAAUGGGGUCUCGUUUUAAGUUUUUAAGUCUAUUUCCUUACGUCCUGAAAGAUCAUUUGACAAAGUAUCCUGUGAAUGGAUUUUAGAAAAUAAAUCAAUACAUGC